AUGAUGGACGAGGGGGCGCCCGAUCUGCGAGACCUCGUGCGCCUGCCGGAUGUUCUCGUGGUAUGCUCAUCUACUGGAUGGACAGAUGAAAAGCACAUGCUUUAUCUUCAAUUAUUGGAAGAAACAUUUGUGCGCCAAUUACAUGAAAGUGGUUGCAGUUUUAAGGGACUGUUCAAUCGCUCUCCAAGACACUGUAGGCGUAGGAAAUCAUCUAAGCAAAUUGUUAAAUACACUACACCUGAUCAGCAGGGAUGUUGUGCCAUAGUUGAGGGUGACAAAGUCAAGUCCUGCAUAAAGGCCGAGCAUGUUGAGUCACCUUCCUGUUGUGGAAAUCAGCAAGAUGAAAAAAUUCGUUCCAUGGAAGAUAAUGCAUCAACCACUGAGCCCGUGGAAGAAGCCACUUCCCAUGCAAGGGCAGCAAGCCCAGGACAAGCUUCCACGUGCUAUGUUGGCAAACACAGACAUUCACCUUCCAGAAGCGCAGAGGGGUCGGAUCAGAAUUUUGAUGAGGAGACCCAAGGGACUGGAGAAUCAAGGAGAGGAUGCAACCGAAAGCGACUGAAAUCUGCUGAUGGUACGAGGGAUCAUCAGGUGGUUCUGGUUGUGAAGGCAGAAGCCCAUCAGGUGGGCUGCCUUGAUUCUACUGUCAAGGGGCAGACCAGGAGGGAGAGGCCUAGGGCUCGCCCUCAUGGCCUGACGCAGCAGAAGAGGCAGGAAAUAAAGGAAGCCUUUGAUCUGUUUGAUACAGAUAACUCUGGAACCAUUGAUGCAAAAGAGCUGAAUGUUGCCAUGAGAGCCUUAGGAUUUGAGAUGACUGAAGAGCAAAUUAGGCAAAUGAUUGCUGAUGUUGACAAAGAUGGCAGUGGAGCGAUCGACUAUGAGGAGUUUGAGCACAUGAUGACUGCCAAAAUCGGAGAGAGGGAUAGUAAAGAGGAGCUUUCAAAAGCAUUCCGCAUUAUUGACCAGGAUGGAAAUGGAAAGAUUUCUAACAUUGAUAUCCAGAGGAUUGCCAAAGAGCUGGGUGUAAAUCUCACCCUCGAUGAGAUCCAAGACAUGGUGCAAGAGGCGGAUAGAAAUGGUGACGGUGAGAUAGACUUUGACGAGUUCAUCAGGAUGAUGAGGAGGACUAGCUAUGGCUACUAG